UCAGUAUAUAAGCAACUGCUUACACUGUUUGGUUCAAAAAUUGUCGUUGAAGUUGUUUAAAUCAUCUUUUAAAUAUUUAUUCAAGACCAUGGAAAAAAGAAGUGAAAAGAAAGCUGUAUUCAUCUCCUUCCUAUUUUCUCUUGUCUUUUGCAAAUUAUUAAACAUAAACGCUGAAGAGUUGACAAUUGUAGAAAAACAAUUACACGUACCUCCCUUGAGUGAAUUACAAAAUGUUUUCCGUGAAGAGCUUUCAAAAAACUUUGCUAAAGUUACGGUCGAAAUCGUCGAAUCUCCAGACUUAACUCAAGAACCUUUCUACCUAUCAGCUACUGGACUGGGUGGAAGUCCAAUACUUCUAGACGUCGGUGGAACUACUCUGUACAAUACUCAAUUUGAUAAACAAAAAUUAUUCGACCUUAAAACUAUCGUCGAGAAAUUGAGCCGUCCAGUGGGAUCAUGUGCAUUAGGUGCUGCUAAUGGACCCUGGAUUUAUCUGGGAGCAGAUUGCGAUGUAGCAGUUAACAUAGAUCUGAAUAAACCAGAAUCCUCCACAAGCUCCUAUAUCAUAUCACUCGACAAAACUGUCGGAAAACUUCUCUGCAAGAAGCUGCCUUUGAAUGAGACUCGAUUUUCAGUACAGGGAAGUAUCUUUCUAAGCGAAGGAAAAAAGGGAGAGGUCAUAAAAGUUGUUGCUGAGAAUCGAAUAGGCGAAGAUAGUUUCAUUGCUAGUAUGAGAAGGAGCAUUACAAAUUACUAUGGAGCAAAGAAUCUUGUUGGUCUUGGUGGAGUCUUUGUAUUGCGAAAAGGAAAGAUUAGUGAAGUUUUUCCGAACCUUCUAGAGGAACCUGUACCUGCGGGUAGCAAUUUGACACGGGUCCCUCUUUUUUAUCUAGAUGAAGGUUCUGCUGAGGAGACUGGAGUCGGUACUUUUGUUUCUGAAAGAACAGAACUUGAGCUUACACCAAAUCACUUCCAUUGUUUUUCUACACAUCUCGAUUGUGGACAUUAUGGUCGUGACACCACCCCUGCAAUUGCAAUAUAUGAAGGAUAUUUCUCAACUGCAGAAUUUCUGAUGAGAGUAGAUCAAGCUUCUGAAGAUCCGAGAUUGAUUGGACUUGAUCAUUUCUAAAUUGACUCAGUGAUGUGUUAUACACUGCUUUCAAAAUUAUUUUCUGGAAAUAUUUAUAUGCAAUUUAAUAUUGAAACAUGAUACUUUUUACAAA